AUGGACUCUCAUAUCCUUCAACUUUAUUCGACCCAAUCACACAAGCGCCCACGCCUCAGAAGCACCUUUAUCCAAUACCCUCCGAAUCAACAUGACAGAAGAACAAGAAUUCAAAUCGACAAGGCAACCGACAGCCAAACCAUUCGCAAAAUCCUAGAAGCAGAAUCAAAAAGCUACUUCGAAGACCUCGAAGAACAAGAUAUCUUCACUUUCAAAUACUGCAACGGAAAAGCAACAGAGACCCAACAGGGCACACUCAAAGACACAGCCGAAGAAGUCUGGAACUCACUAAGACUACUCUGCGAGACGAAUAUCGAGGACCUUGACGUCCCUUAUUUGGAUACCAAGGAAAAACAGGAGAUGCUGAAAACGGCUAUGCGGGAAAGAGAGAUCAAUGUGGAAUCUUUGGUGGGGUUUAUUAGACUUGCUUGGCCGAAAUAUCUUGAUUAUAAGAAGAAAUUUGAGAGGCAGGUUCAGCGGAAGGAGAGAAAGCGUCAGGAGCGUUUGAAGGAGGGAGAGAAGGAAAAGACUGCUUCGACUGCCUCGACUACUCAGGCUCUCGCGGUUUAG